GUUACAGUGGCGGAAAAUCAGCGAGAAUUUCUCUUGCAUUUGCUCCACUUGGCAGCAUCGGUAGUUUCCUUGGAACAGGACCCCGCAUGUCUGUACCGACUAAAUAAUCUCGGCAGUUAUGAUGGCCUGGUCGAUCUAGCUUCUGUACUCUCUCACAUGUUGGAAUUAUUGCAAGACCCUGCUUUCUUAUGCCUUGAAGCACAAGUUUUCUCUCAGUUUUCACUAUAAUAGCACGUUUUGUGUCACUAGGGCCUCUUCGAGACGUGUAUGAACAUAAUAGGUGCAGUCUCUGUAGUUGGAAUGGGUGCAGAGGAUGGAAACAGCUGCAAAUCGGGGUCUCGGAAGAUGGAAGGUGUGGAGGGGGGAGGCUACCGAGCUGGUGAAGUAGAAGUUCAGGCGGCUACGGGGAACAAUUCCGUUCAUGCGGUGGGAGGCACAUCUCUCGACGAAGAAGCAGGAAGGACAGCUUCAAGUCAGGUCGUCAGACCAGAGGGUUUUUGGAGUGUCUUUUUCAGCUCUAUUGCAAAAAUUGGAUCAGCGGGAUUGUACCUGUCUGAUUACGUGAGCAAUAUUCUCGUAAUGAGAGAAUAUUACAUUCUCUACAGGACGGAUAGCUUCGGUGGGGUUUCAAAUGUGGUGAUAGGCAUAGAACCAUUUCUUAUAUGCCUAGCAUUCAUAAUCCUAGACCCAAUAGUAACUGCAAUAAUCUUCAAGCUCAAGCUUCCAGCCAGGGAGCACCCGCUGAGAUCAGCCUUUUUCCUUCCGCUGGUCCAGUUGAAGAGAUUUAUCCAAGGCUUCUUCAAGACUGGCUCGUGUGCAGGCGCAAAUAAGGUGUUGGAGUCGGACGAGACGGAAGCUUUGUUUGCAGCCGCGGUGGCAAUCGAGACUGGGCCUCAGACUAUGCUGCAGUUCACAGUGAUUGCGUUGGUGGGGACCAAUUUGGACUACAGAAGGUGGUUCCCGUCACCAAUCCUUAUAAUAUCCCUCCUGUUCUCUUUUCUAUCAGCCUCCUACAACAUUGGUCGCGCUGUGAUGUUCAAGUUGAGCAAGCAGUGGAGUUUCGCACUGAAUGCUCCUGGAAUCGCUGGAGGUCUUUUGACAUUUGGUGUUCUUUUAUUGAAGUGCACAACGGUGGCUUCAAUAAUUCUUACCAGUUCAUUGCUGCUUGACCCUUCAAUUUUAACUUACAUUGUAAUUAAUACACUAUACUUCGGUUUAGGAAUGUGCAUAUUCUCUUAUGUAAGUGGAGUGAAUUUGGCCUUAUCGAAAGAGAGGAAAAUAUGCACAUGGAGAACUCAACUUGAAGUUUUCACCGCAGCAUACAUCAAUGCAACAAUUGGACCUUUGUAUGCUACCGUAGAUAGUCAUGAGACCAAAGAUUAUAACCCAGGAUGCAAAUUAUGCAAAAAUAUAGCAUUAGCAACAAGCUUGAAUUUUUUCACGGAUGUUGUUGCAUUGAUAAUCUUGGCAAUGCUUCGAAAGACCACAUGCCAACUAGAAGCAAGAAAAUAUGCAACAACCGUUGCAAGAUUACACAAAACCCCCAUAGAUGAUCUUAUAAGUACAUUCACAUGCUUCCAAUUUAAAAUGUAUGUGGGUUUAGGGAUAGUCUUAACGUUCAUACCAUGUGUGAUUCUUCUUUUCAUUAUUAGUCUUACUCCCAUAGAUAAAAAUAAAAAGUAAAUAUCCUGAA